GACUCGCGCCCACGAGCCGCGACCGCGCUAUUUUGUACCGCUUUAUAUCAACAGACAAGCUUAUAAGGCGAGUCGCGACAAGUUUGGAUUGUUUUCUUGAUCAUGGCUCCGCACAGUCAUUGCAAGGUUUCGUAUGUGCGGUGGCCUAACGCUGGUUACUCGCGGAGGUGCUGCUACGUCGCGCUGCUGCUCAUCGGGGCGGCGGCGACCGGCGUGGCCUCCCGCCGCGGCGGCAGCGGCCCACUCCUGCCCAGUCACCCGCACCGCAGCAGGCGAGCUCUGCAGGAAUCUGCUCCUGCUGCUGCUGCUGCUGCUGCUCCCGCUCCUGCUGCUGCCGACACGGGCCAAGACGGGCACCAGGAGGUGGUGCUGGCGGUGUUUGGCGACUCGCUCUCCGACACGGGCAACACCUUCCGCGCGGCGGGUGUGCCGCAGGCCGACCUCUACUACCAGGGCAGGUACUCCAACGGCCCCAUCUGGGUCGACUACCUGGCUGCCGAAGUCGCCAACACCACACAGCUCACAGUGUGGAACUAUGCGUACGGCGGCGCCGUCGCAUGCCCCGACACUACUGCCGGGGGCGGCGGCGGCCUGUCCGGCCGGUACCCCUUCAUCCGCGACCUGCCGGCGCAGACCGAGCUGUUCCUGAACCAGACGGCGGCGGAGCAGCGGCGGUGGCAGCAGGGGCAGCAAGCGGAGGCCGGAGGCGGAGGAGGCGGCGGCGCCCGGAGGCGGCUGCUGGUGCCGAUUAACUGGAUAGGCAACGACGACGUGCGGCUCUUCAUGCGGGCUGCCAUCAUAGCCGGCAGCCCCCCCGACUCCCGCGCCCUCACCUCCCUGGCCCUCGCCAUCACCUCCUGCCGCCUGGCCUGGGCGCAGCAGCUGCUGGCGGCGGGCGAGGCGGUGUGGGGGCAGCAGCGGGGGCCGCAGCGGGUGCUGGUGCUGCUUCCGCUGAUGCAGCUUGACCUGCUGCCGGAGACGCCCGAGCCGCUCCGGCUGCAGCUGCGGCAGAUUGUCGCGGUGCUCAACGCGGUGCUCAACGGUUCGGUGGCGGCGCUGCAGCAGGACCUGGAUGCCGCCGCGGGUGCCGGUGCUGGCGGCGGUGCUGGCGGCGGCGGCGGCGGCGGCGCGCGGCUGCUGGUGCUGCCGGAGGAAAUGGAGUCGCUGAUACAGUCGAUGCGCCCGCCCUUCAACAGCUCGGGCCCCUGCUUCAACCACCCACUGGACGGCCUGCAGCCCGUGGCGGUGGCGGACGUGCGGCCCUGCGCCGACCCCAACAACCACGCCUUCUACGACCAGCUGCACCCCAGCACGCGUGUGCAUGAGGCACUGGCGCUGAGGCAGGUGCUGCCGGCGCUGCGGCGGGCGGGGCUGCCGCUGUAGCUGGGCCGGAGGGACUGUAUGUCCCCGCCGCCGGCCCCCGCCAACCGCCGCGCUUGCCUCUUCGCUUAGCCAUGGGACCAUGCUGUUUUCUGUUCUGCAGCUAUUGUGGAUUGUGCUUUUGAGUGUACGGUACGUGUGAAGUUGAUGGCGCCUGAAAGCUUUUCGAGGCUGGUCCACUGGAUGUGAACAGUCUGUCGCGCCUGACUGCGGGCGGUACGAUUCAUGGGCGAGUUUGGCUGUCGGCCAAAUAACUCUGCUGUAAGCAUAUCAAUCC